AUGGUCGUCGCCGUCACGUCCGAAAGACAGCAUGUCACGUUUGGGCCUCCUGUAUCAAUCCAGCAGUCGCUCUCCGCUUCUCAGCGCCUCAAGCGGCAGCUUGUCUGGUACAAGAAGCAAAAACACAGAGCGUCGCGAUCAGACAUAUCACCGCAUGAGCAGAUUUAUUUGGAAGAAUCCGGCGCGUUUCUCGAGUUGCCACAGUCAACCGUCAGCUCCCUCCUCUCCAUCUACAUAUCCUGCAUCAACGAUCUCAUACCCCUGGUCGACGGUGUGGCUUUGCUGCGCGACAGCAGCAACCACCGCACUUCUCGCUAUCUCGUUCGCGCCAUUUGUCUUGUAACCUGUAAAGAAAAGCAGCUACGGCAAGGGCUCGAAGCCGCAAUCCACGCUGACCUUGAGCCGGACAAGGUCGUCAAGAUUCAAAUACUGGCGCUGAUGCACCUGAACAAUGAUGGUGUGGGCGGUUGCGAUCGCGCAUCAAAGUGCCUCUCCCAUGCAGUCCACGAGGCAUGGUCCAUCUCGCUCCAUUGGGAUAUCCCUGGCAAUACAGAUCAGGAACAGUGCAACUUCUUGUGGUGGACACUUCGCAAUCUUGACAGGCUCAACAAGCCCGUUAUGGCAGCGGCACCUUUCAUGAUUGACGAUACGGAUAUUGGCAUUGAGCGAAUCACGCCACAGUCGGGAUCGGAAAGCUAUCGAUCGCAAGUCAUCAGCAUUGCCACUUCGCUAGGCGAUUUGGUCAAGUCGGCGACGAAAGUUUACAAGGCAACUUGCAAAGUCAAAUCUGAUGAUGCAGAUCAUUUCCCCAAUUUUUUGGACUUAACAUCAAAAAUCGAAUAUGAUUGCCUUCAUAAAAUGCACAAAUGCUACUUUGAAAUCUGGUAUCAUGUGGCUGCCAUGCUUUCUUGCCGUUUUAGCGGCCCAGGCACAGUUCCAUAUCGACGGAGACUUGCAUCUGCAGACGCCAUUCUCCUCAUUGCUUCUGAGCAAGGCGCAGACGCUCUGCCACCACUACCACUCAUACCGUACGCCGUGUCACUGUCAACUACCAUGAUAUAUCGCGCGCUUCGUGAUGGACAGAGGCAGGUCGACAGCGGCUGUGCCCAAUACGAAUUCUUCGACUGA